CGAAAUCAGGUAGGUCGCCGCCGGCAAUCUCCGCUCCCCUCCCGAGACCAGAGCCCGUCUUCAAAUGCGACUCCAGCGCCUUAACAAGUCGCAAACGGCGGCGGCGUGUGCAGCCUACGUGGUCCUUCCUCCGCCUUCCGCUUGCGCCUCCCCGACGUGUCAGCGUCUCAUCCACACUCUCGCCUGGACAAUUCCUACUAGUUCCUUGCCUUCGCCAGCAGUAUUCCUCCAAACUCGUCUACUCUCUGCUCGCUUUAAGCUCGUAGCGCGACCAUGGCGGCGUCAGGAACAACCCUAGUCGUGUACAAGGCGGUGUUUGCGGCGCUGGGCGUGCUCAUGGUGGGCACCUUGGUGUACACAUGCAUCACCGACGGCUCGCCCUUUCGCACUGAGCUACUGACGCCGUGGAUGGUGGCAACACUGGUCGAUUUUUAUGUAAAUGUAGUAGCUAUCUCGACUUGGGUUGUCUACAAGGAAGUAAAUUGGAUUAGUUCCGCGUUCUGGUUAGUUAUGUUGUUUUGUUUUGGCAGUGCUGCCACAUGUGCUUAUAUUGUUAAUAAGUUAUUUGAAAUAACACCUUCAGGGCCUUCCCAAGAUCCACUUGAUCUUUUGUUGCUCAGACAAGGUAAUCCACCCGAAAGGAAGUGCUAUUUUGUCAAAAUUGGCAGGAUUGUUUUCAGCAUUUUGGGCAUACUCAUGGCUGCACUUGUCACUUAUACUGUCAUUACAGACGGACUACCUUUUAGGAAGGAUUUGUUGACACCGUGGAUGGCUGCAACCUUAGUUGACUUCUAUAUAAAUGUCUUUGCAAUAUCGGUAUGGGUUGUUCACAAAGAGUCAACUUGGAUCUCGUCAGUCAUUUGGAUAUGCUUGUUGAUAUGCUUUGGAAGCAUCACCACGUGUGGCUACAUUGUCGUUCAACUUCUCCGAGUAUCAUACCACGAUCCAAUCGAUCAUGUACUGCUGAACUCCCAUAGCAAGCCAGUUCGUCGCCAGCCGCUCGCUGCUCGUAGGCCGCCAACCAUGUCACCGCCAGCCGCCAAAGGCCUCGUGCCAUUCGCGUCUGGAACGUAGGCCAUCUAGGAGGUACAUGUCUUCAGUUGACCCUAUUCCCAUCCCUUGCUGCCUAGAGAUGAUUGACGGUGUUAAUUACACCGAUUUUGUUCAGCACAUGCAUAUAUUCAUAUGCGUGGUCUUGUUUCGGGGCCAUCCUCUCUGGCAAGGUUUCUUGUCCACUUCCCCUGCUUGCUCUUGUGAGACCUGUUCUGCCUCCGCCUACCUGGAGGCUCUAGACACUUGCAGUGUUUUGUCGACUAUCUACACGCUGGACAUUGCAGAGUUCUCUUUGGCCUUAAAGAUGUGGACUCUCCUCCUUCAGCGUUAUCGUCCCUGUGGUAUUUCCUGGGCCUCUCUUUGGGCCGUGGAAAUUUGAGCAAAAGCUCCUUGCUUGCUCUCAUGGACAAGAUCACAUAUCGGCUGCCCUAGUGGCGGGCUCAUUGGAGUCUCAAUUCUGUUUCUAGGUUUUCCACUCCGCCCUAGUCGUCACCAUUGAAGAUUUAGCGUUCUCCUCACCUCCGGCCGCCGUCUUGGCGCUGGGAGGUGGGGGGAACCUCGGUUCCUCCUAAGAUUAUUCAGAAGUGUUUGCAUAUUUUAAUUGUUUGGUUCCGAUUGGUGACGCAAUGACGGAGAUUGCGAUGCCGUCGCGAAUAAAGGUACUCUGGUUCUUCCUCUGCUGUGGUGCUGUCUCAACGGAUGUUGCUGCGGAGUCAGAGAUUUUUAAUCCCCGUGAGUUUAGUGUACCCUAUCUUGUGGAUCUUGGAUUUGUGUACUCGCAGAUCCGUUUAUACGUAUCUGUUGAGUUUUUGUUAGUAUGUCAUGGUGUUUUUGUUGGUUUUA